AUGCAACAGAUGCCGAAAUCAAGAAAGCUUAUCGUAAGCAAGCACGCACUCACCUCGCAUCCCGAUAAGAAUAUGGGCGAUCCACAAGCAGAAGAGAAGUUCAAAACACUUUCCGAAGCAUACCAAAUUCUAAGCAAUCCCGAUACUCGUAAAAGAUACGACAAUAAUGGUUAUAACAUCGUAGAAAUCAGCGGGAAUCAAUCAUUUACCGACCCAGAAACACUCUUCUCGACUUUCUUUGGUGGUGGCAGGUUUAAAGAUUUGGUUGGUGAAAUUUCCAUCGGUGCAGAGAUGCGUGAGGCGUUGCGCGAACAUGCUGAGAUUGAGGCUAGCAAGAGUUUUACAGUGGAGGAUAAGACGCGCGAGAAAACACGCUUGUCGCAGACUAAAAUAGCUAAAGCGCAGGUGGCAGCUCUAGAACGUGAAAAACGUGUAAAUACACUGCUACAUAAUCUGAUUAUGAAACUCUCAAUCCACACAGAGGCACUGGAAUCGGUUCAUGUUGACGCAUCUUACCGCGCACUCAGUGAAAUAGAAGCUACAACACUUUCAAGCGAGUCAUUUGGUUGGGAGAUGGUACAGACGUUGGGUGCAGUCUAUGUUAAUAAGAGCAGAGCAUGGCUGUCGUCGCACAACCCUGACUGGAGAUCUGGAUGGGGGCUGGGUGGCUGGAUGCAAAAUGCCAAGGGUCAGUAUGCGGUGUUUAGUGAGUCGAUAUCGACACUCAACGCUGCUAUUGAGUUGAAGAAGUCGUUCGAUGCCCUAGCAAACGCUGAAAAAGAUGGCGUUGGUAUAGAUGAGCGUAGAGUGUUGGAGGAUGAUGCAGCAGACAAGGGUCUCAAAGCACUCUUUAAAGGCACUUCACUGGAAAUUCAGUCCGUAGUGCGCGAGGUCUGUGAUAAGUUACUUGAUGAUGCCGACACAGUCACGCUACAUAGACGGGCCAAAGCCCUGCUUAUACUCGGUCAAGCAUUUUGCAGCGUAGAGCGACAUAGAAAUGCUUUGACUGACGAAUACGAAUACCGCACACCCCAACCUCAGCAAAUAGACGGAUAG